CACAGAGACAAAAGUACCACCACAAAUAGAAACUAGUGUAGGCUUCAGUUGGAUGCUUCAAGAGAUUCCAGACAUUUCUAAAUUGGUUAUAUGAACGUGACUGGUCUUAAAUAAAUAUCUUGGAAGUUGUUCGUUCUGGAUAUGUCUCCUUCACUUCAUUUCGAUACUGUGUACACGAAUUGUCACUCCAUACACCAACAAGUCCUUCUGUCACUUCCUUCUCUCUUACAGUUAUUUUAGUGGAUUCCAUCAUUUUGGAUUAUAGUCGUUAUUAAUCAAAAGAUUUUCUGUUGAAAAACUGAUAUAAUACUUCAUUGGCCAUAAGUGCAAAGCAAUUCGAUUGCAUAUUGCUUUUUUUUGUCAUUGAAACCGGUUCAUUGAUCGUUAGUAUCUGUAGAUAUUUUCGAAGUUUAUUCACUUUUCUUUGAUUCAUUAUGUUGUCCGAAGACGCCGCCCUGGACUUACUUCGCCGCUUAAAUCCCAAGGACAUUUCUAAAAAUUUAGAUGCCAUUCUAGCUGUAGCUCCCGAUUUGGCUGAUGUCCUUCUCUCUUCUGUGGAUCAACCCUUGCAAAUAGGUACUUGCUCUGAGUCUGGUAACCAAUAUCUACUUUGCGACUUCAAUCGUGAUGGCGAUUCCUAUCGUUCUCCUUGGACGAAUAAAUAUGACCCUCCUUUAGAGGAUGGCCUCGUUUCCAGUGAUCGUGUGAGAAAGUUAGAGUUGGCACUCAAUGAAGCUAUGCGUGUAUAUUUAGAUUUGUACUAUGAAGGUGGUGUUAGCAGUGUAUAUCUUUGGGACCAAGACGAUUCCUACGCUGGCGCUGUACUUAUUAAAAAAGCCUCAAGCUCUGGUACCUGCGGUUGGGAUUCUAUCCAUGUCUUUGAGUGCUUACCCACUUCAGAAACGGACGUUUUUGACUAUCGUUUAACUAGCACUAUAAUACUUUACCUCGGAUCUUCUGACAGAAGUUCGUCCCUUGUUUCUGGAGCAUUAAAUCUUUCUGGCCAUUUAACUCGCCAAACUUCUCAGCGUAUGCCUGCAAGUGAACAGGACAGCGAAGUCGGAAACAUUGGACGUCUAGUUGAGGAGAUGGAAACUCGAAUGCGUAACUUCCUUCAAGAGGUUUAUUUUGAUAAAACCAGAGACAUCAUCAAUCAAACUCGCUCUAUCCAACCCAUUUCUGAAAACCCAGACAAAACGGCUCUUCGUUCUGUUUUGAACAAUCUUUCCAAUUAAUUGUCUUUUAAUUUACUUUUAUCCUUUUUUUGCUCUCUCUCUCUCUCUUUCUAUAAGACCGUUCGCUAGCUCUUUUUACACUUACUUUUACACAAUUAGUUGACUAAGUCUUAUUUGAUGAAAAUAAUCGUCAUAUGAUGAAAGUAUAAACACGACAAAAAUCAACAUUAAUAAAC